UCACCAAAAACCGCCAUUCCCAAACUCUUUCGCCUUUCCCUCCUCCUCCAAUAAUUCCACUCUAAACCCCCCAAAUCUAAUUAAUUAAUCCUCCCCAAAUUUGAUUAAUCUCCACCUAAUCAUCUCUAGUCAUCUGUCUAUAUAGUAUAUCUAUAUAUAUUGAUUGUGUGUGUGUGUGUGUGCGUGUUUAUAUAUAUAUAUAUAUAUAUAUAUAUGCAGCCUUGUAGCAGAGAAAUGCAGGAAAUGAACUCCUUGUUGAGAGAAAUGCAGGAAAUGAACUCCUUGUUGAACUCCUCAGCCUCCUCCUCCCAACUCUCCCUCCAAGACCACCACCACCUCCAACAACAACCACACUCUCACUCCCAGAUGCAUCAUCAAAUUCCAACCCCCUCCGCCUCCCACUUCGACUCCGCCACCCACGACGACUUCCUCGAGCAAAUGCUCUCCACCCUCGGCCCCUCCUGGGCCUCUGCCGCCGACGAUGCCCCGCCUCCGCUCUCCUCCAACCCCGACAAUGUCGUCUUCUCUUACGACGACUCCGCCACCCUCGCCGCCAAGUUUCGCAGCCAGCAGAUCAGCGCCGGUUCCGGCGCUAACAAGUCCGCCUCCGCAUCAGCCGCAGCUGCUGCCGCCAUGAUGCUCCAGCACCAGCUCAUGAUGUCCAGAUCAGGCGCUGCCGACUCCGGCUUUGGUCCCACGGGAUUGUCUUUGGGAAACAACGGCGACUUUGGCCGCUCCAACAACGACGUCGGCGACGGCUCCUCCUUCAAAUCCCCCAAUCAAGUGGGCGCCGAUGGGGCUUCUUCCGUUCAAUCCCUGUUCAAUGGCUUCGGUGCAUCACUGCAUGGAGCUGCGAAUUCUCAGUCUCCAAAUUUUCACCACCCUCAGGGAGGUCAGCUGCAAGCGCAGAACUACGGAGGUGCAGGGGCGGCGUUGAACCAAGCUCCGGCGGGUGGCUCGGCUGGGGCAGCGCCGGUCCAACCGAGGCCCAGAGUCAGGGCGAGAAGAGGUCAAGCCACUGACCCACACAGCAUAGCCGAAAGAUUACGGAGAGAGAGAAUUGCAGAGAGGAUGAAGGCUCUGCAGGAGCUCGUUCCCAAUGCCAACAAGGCAGACAAAGCUUCAAUGCUGGAUGAGAUAAUCGAUUAUGUAAAAUUCCUCCAGCUCCAAGUCAAGGUUCUGAGCAUGAGCAGGUUGGGCGGUGCAGCUGCUGUUGCUCCCCUUGUUGCUGAUAUGUCCUCUGAGGGUGGCGGUGACUGUAUCCAAGCCAGUGCCAACGGCGGGACCCGCGGACGGAGCUCAAACGGCAACCAAACGGCCUCCUCAUCCAACGACAACAGCAUGACGGUGACGGAACACCAAGUCGCCAAGCUCAUGGAGAAAGACAUGGGCUCCGCCAUGCAGUACCUCCAGGGAAAAGGCCUCUGCCUCAUGCCGAUUUCGUUGGCCACCGCCAUCUCCACCGCCACAUGUCACUCCAGGAACCCCCUCCUCCACAACAACAGCAACAACCACCAAGUUGUCCCGUCCAACGGCGGUGACGGGCCCUCCUCUCCCAGCAUGUCCGUGCUGACAGUCCAGUCAGCCACCAUGGGCAACGGCGGGGUUGACGGUUCCGUCAAAGACGCCACCUCCGUCUCCAAGCCCUGACUGACCUUUUGGCUUUGGAUUUACUUUCUGGCGACAAAUGAACAUACAUAGUGACGUGGACUCCAAGGCCGUCUAAAGUCUACGAAAAUAAGGCAUCAAGGGUGGUGCUUUUCCAACGACGCCGUAUUUGCGUAGACUUUGGCUAAAAGCUAACUCAACCGCACCACCAGAUCCUCCAUAAAACCCCUUUUUACAAAAAGAUGUUUUUGGGGUCUCUUUGUUUUUUUUUUCCCUUGAUUUAAUCUUUUCUUUUGUUGUUUUAUCUGAAGAAAAUUAUUAUUUUCUAGUGUAAUUUGGUUCGCAAUGAAUUGAGACUCUCUCAGUGUUUUUGUGUCUGGAAUUCAAAGACUAUGAGAACUGAACUACUCAUCACAUUA